UGACUAUGUGCUCGAGCAAGUUUUACUUCUCCCUAGUGCAGGGGUGUUUGCCAGCAGGCUGCACUCUCAGAAAUCAGACUCAAGUGAUUGGGACCCUUGAGAUCAAAGGCUUACCAUGCUCCUCCCGAGGAGGGCCAGGGACUGCUGACGUUACCACUGGACAGUAAUUUGUGGCUCAAGUAAUUACCAAAAAGAAUGGACAAGCUUAAUAAAAUAACUGUCCCUGCCAGUCAGAAGUUGAGGCAGCUUCAAAAGAUGGUCCAUGAUAUUAAGAAUAAUGAAGGUGGAAUAAUGAACAAAAUCAAAAAGUUGAAAGUUAAAGCACCUCCAAGUGUGCCUCGAAGGGACUAUGCCUCAGAGAGCCCAGCUGACGAAGAGGAGCAGUGGUCAGAUGACUUUGACAGCGAUUAUGAAAACCCAGAUGAGCAUUCGGACUCAGAGAUGUAUGCGCUGCCUGCCGAGGAGGCUGGAGAUGACAGCUAUGAGCCGCCGCCCGCUGAGCAGGAGACCCGGACAGUUCACCCGGCCCUGCCCUUCACCAGGGGCGAGUAUGUAGACAAUCGAUCCAGCCAGAGGCAGUCUCCGCCCAUCAGCAAGACCCUCCCCUGUAAACCCAACUGGCCUUCGGCAAAGGUGCGGCUGGCCGCCACUCUGCCAGCCCCAACAUCUCUGCAAAAACCUCAAGUCCCACCCAGACCCAAAGAGCUCCUCGAGGAUGAGGCUGAUUAUGUGGUCCCUGUGGAAGACGAAGAUGAAAACUAUAUUCAUCCCACAGAAGACAGUUCAGUCCCAUCUGAAAAAGCUCCCAUGGUGAAUAGAUCAACCAAGCCAAAUAAUUCCUCAAAGCCAGUCUCUCCUCCAGGGAAAGCUUCAGGUCGAAACAGCGGAGCCUGGGACUCCAAGUCAACUUCUUCACCUGCUGCACCGUCCCCACGGCCCAGAGCCGGGAAAAGAACAGCUCCACCACUGAAGACAACUCCAGUUGCCUCUCAACAGAAUGCCUCAACUGUUUGUGAAGAAAAACCUAUACCUGCUGAACGCCACCGAGGGUCUAGUCAUAGACAAGAAUGUAUGCAGUCCCCAGUGUUUCCUCCUGCCCAGAAACAAAUCCAUCAAAAACCCAUACCUCUGCCAAGGUUUCCAGAAGGCGGAAGCCCAACCGUGGAUGGCCCACUACCCAGCUUUUCAUCUAAUCCCAGCUUGUCAGAACAGGAAGCUGACGUUCACUGUAAACCAUGGUAUGCUGGUGCCUGUGAUAGAAAGUUGGCCGAAGAGGCAUUAUACAGAUCAAAUAAGGAUGGAUCAUUUCUUAUUAGGAAAAGCUCUGGCCAUGAUUCCAAACAGCCAUAUACACUAGUUGUAUUCUUUAAUAAGCGAGUAUAUAAUAUACCUGUGCGAUUUAUUGAAGCAACAAAACAGUAUGCGUUGGGCAAGAAGAAAAACGGUGAAGAGUACUUCAGAAGUGUUGCUGAAAUCAUCAAGAAUCAUCAGCAUAAUCCCCUGGUUCUUAUUGACAAUCAGAAUAACACAAAAGAUUCCACAAGACUGAAAUACGCAGUUAAAAUUUCAUAAAUUAAAAAAAAUUUUUUUAAAGGAGGUCAACAUCAUUGCUUCAGACAUCUCCUUAUUUCUACUUUUGAGAAAAAGUCCCAAAACUUCAUAUUUUGGAUUAUGAAUCAUCCAGUAAUAAAAUAGAAGAUGAGGAAGAUAUUGAGGUGGUCAUCGAUUUUUUUUUUAAGAAGUUCACAUGGACUUAUUCUAUUGCCUGACCUGAUGAACUGUUAAAUAUCUGGUGAGGCUGAGUUAUCAUGCUACUAACAUUCUCCAAAUAAAUGUCUUUAUUUAAAAGAAA